AUGAUAUUGGCGGUCGUACUGUCUUUGGUGGGCACAGCUGUAACGCAGCAGCCCACCGCAAGCUUUCCUCAGGACUUCAUUUUCGGUGCCGCUACGGCCUCGUAUCAAGUGGAAGGAGCCUGGAACGAGGACGGUAAGGGCGAGAACAUCUGGGAUCGGAUGCUGCACGAACAUCCAGAGUACAGCUCCAACGGCGACAAUGGGGACGUGGCUUGCGAUUCGUACCACAAGUACCAGGAGGACGUGCAGAUGCUGAAGGCGCUCGGGGCGGACGUGUACCGGUUCUCCAUCUCGUGGGCGCGCAUCCUGCCCACCGGGGACCUUGACGUCAUCAACCAGCCGGGCAUCGACUACUACAACAACCUCAUCAACGAGCUGCUCGCGAACGGAAUUCAGCCUAUGGUGACUAUGUACCACUGGGACUUGCCACAAGCUCUGCAGUACAUCGGCGGCUGGCCCAACCCGAUUCUCGCAGAUUACUUCGUCGAGUACGCCCGGCUACUGUUCGACGAAUUUGGAGACAGGGUGCGCUGGUGGAUCACGUUCAACGAGCCGGCCUCGUUCGUCGGCGGCUACUCGUCGGUGGGGGUGGCGGCGCCGUCGCAGAACGCGUCCGGCGUCGGCGACUACCUGGCCGCCCACACCGUGCUCAGGGCGCACGCGGGCGCCUACCGGCUCUACGACGAGCAGUACAGGGCUGCGCAGGACGGCACUGUUGGGAUCACGCUGAACAGUCAGGGCUACGAGGCCGCCACAAACUCUACAGCGGAUGAGGAGGCAGUUGAGAGGAGUCUCCAGUUUCAGCUCGGCCUGUACGCGCACCCCAUCUUCAGCCCGGACGGCGACUACCCGGCUGUGGUGCGCCAGCGGGUGGACGCCAACAGCCGAGCCGAGGGGAGGCCCCACUCACGGCUGCCAACGUUCACACAGGACCAAGUCGACUACAUUAAAGGAACGUCUGACUUCUUCGGAAUAAAUCAUUAUGCCACAAAAUUCGUGAUAUCCGGCGAGGAAGGUGUAUCGCCUUCCAUGACUCGGGAUACGGGGACCGUCCUAGUUGAUACGCAGAACUACCCUACGGGAUUCCGCAACCUUCUGAACUGGAUAGCGGCCGAGUACCCUGGCUACCAGGUCAUGGUCACGGAGAACGGCCUCCGGACUGGUGCAGGGCUCAACGACACGGACCGCAUCGAGUACUACGUGUCUUAUCUUGAUGCUGUCCUACAAGCUGUUAACACUGAUGGUGUUCCAGUGAUUGGAUACGUCGCCUGGAGCCUCAUGGACAAUUUGGAAUGGACUGGCGGAUUCUCUGUGAAGUUCGGGCUGUACGAAGUGGACUUCGACGACCCAGACUUGCCAAGGACACCAAAGGCAUCCGCUGGCGUGAUGGGCGAUAUUUUCAGGACCAAACAGCUACCUACCGACUUCUUGCGAUCUUUUGUGUAA